GAAUGAUGUACUCCGCACCACGUUGCAGGUGAUUGGCUAUAUUUUCCUGGGCCUGGCGGCAGUUUGGCUGUUGCUGGUUUUCUGCCUGCGAUCUCGGAUCAAGCUCGCCAUUGCUGUAAAUGAAGUCGCUGCAAAGUUCGUAACUCAUCAUCCGCACAUGAUUCUGGUCCCUCUCUUCCAGUUCUUGCUUGGACUGGCAUGGCUGGUUAUUUGGGUUGUCUGCGCUGCGCUCAUCAUUGCCGGGGUGCCUGCAGGCUACGUGCCAAAUCAGGCCUUCGCUACGGAGGUGGAGGCAGCAGGGAAUGCGACGACGCCGGGUGCUUGCACAGACAUGGUGCCAGCAGGCUUUGCUUACCAG